GCGGAGCCAGUAGCUCUUACAGUCAGAGCUGCUGUAGAUGAAGGAGUAGGAGGAAAUGGGUCUGAAUUGAAUUUAAAAAAACACGCACAACAAUCGCCAGCCUAGGAAAGCGAGAUGGAUCGUGUUCCCGCGUCCUAGAAACCUUGGGCCGGAGAGACUCAUCAGGGCCGUGGGCCCCAGGAGGAGACGGGGAGGCCCUAUAGACGGCUAGACCAGCUUGAGCACGUUUCCAGAGCCUCCUGCUCCCCUUGGCUCCCCCUGACCUCUGCCCGCCUCCAUCUGCCCGGUCAAGAUGUCCAGAGACCACAGCGCACGGCACCGGCCGUGGUCGGUGUACCGCGCUAACACCUUCGACCUCUCCUCUGAGAUGAUGGGGCUCACGCUUGCAGGAAACAGCCAGGACCCAGAUGAGCCUGUUCUGGAGUUCAGUCUUGCCUGCAGUGAGCUGACCACUCCAGCUCUGGACCGCAAACCAAACACUUUUGUGACCGUGAGCUGCACCACACCCCCUCAGGCCUUCUGGACCAAACAUGCCCAGACAGAGAUCAUCGAGGGCACAAGUAACCCCGUCUUCCUGAGCAGCAUUGCCUUUUUCCAAGACUCGCUCAUCAACCAGCAGACGCAGGUCAAGCUGUCGGUGUACGAUGUCAAGGAUCGCUCUCAGGGCACGAUGUACCUGCUGGGUUCCGCAAUGUUUACUGUGAAGGAACUCCUGCAGGAUAAACAUCACAGGCUACACCUGGGGCUCAGAUCUGCAGAGAACGAGCAGAUGGGAAACAUUACCGUCAUCGCCUGGCAAAUGGAGGAGAAAAGGGACCAGAGGGCUCCAGUGUCCCGGCUGCCCGACUCUGUCAACGGCAGGAUGGUCCUGCCAGUGGACGAAAGCCUGACGGAGUCCAUGAGAAUAAGAGCCAAAAGAGCAUCUUUGUGUAAAGACAGUCUUCUGAAAUCAGUGUUUGGCGGUGUCAUGUCCCGAAUGUAUCGGUUCCCAACCACGGACGGGAAUCAUCUGCGGAUCCUAGAGCAGAUGGCCGAGAGCGUGCUCUCUGUCAAUGUCCCCAGACAGUUUGUCAAGUUGCUGCUUGAGGAGGAUGCAGCUAGGGUGUGUGAGCUGGAGGAGCUGGGAGAGCUAUCUCCAUGCUGGGAGAACCUUCGGCGACAGAUUAUCACUCAGUACCAGACCAUAAUCCUCACAUACCAGGAGACCCUUGCUGAUCUACAUGAAUAUAAAGGUCCCUCCUUCAAGGCCAGUACCCUGAAGGCAGAGAGAAAGCUGGAGUUCAUGCCCACCAAUCUGCAUGUCCAGAGAAUGAGGGUACAGGAUGAAUCAGGAUUUGAUCACACUUAUGACGUGGUAACGCUUGGGGCCCCGGCCGCCCACUGCCAGGGGUUCAAGAGCAGUGGCCUCCGCAAGCUAAUCCACAAAUUUGAGGAGGCUAAGAAGCAUGCUUAUGAGGAGGGUUGCAGUGCAGUGUCCAGUUCCCAGUCCAUCGUCUACGUCCCUCAGGACAUUAUCCGCGCCAAGGAGGUCAUUGCCCACAUCAACACCCUGAAGACGCAAGUCAGCUACUAUGCUGAGCGCCUGUCCCGUGCCGCCAAGGAGCGCUCAGCCAAUGGCCUAGAGAGGACGCUGGCCAUCCUGGCUGACAAGACUCGCCAGCUGGUGACAGUGUGUGACUGCAAGCUGUUGGCUUCGGCUAUCCAGGCCCUGAACGCAGCACGGCCCGAGUACAUUGCUUCGAAGGCCUCGCCCUCGACCGUUGACAGUGACCAAGUGGUGCUCCGCAAUGACCAGGACACGCUGGUGGCCAAGUGGGCUGGCGGCAACAGCCGGUCCUCUCUGCACGUCAACUGGCAUGAGGAGGAAUGGGAGAAGGUCUGGCUGAAUGUGGACAAGAGCCUCGAAUGCAUCAUCCAGCGCGUGGACAAGCUCCUGCAGAGAGAGCGGCUCCAGAGCGACAGCAGCGAAGACGUCUUCCUGUGUGACCAGCAGGGGGCCACUAGCAGGAAAGGUAACCGGAGGACACGAGCAUACUGGAUAAACCCCGGCCCGGAAGAGUCUUCCUCACCCACUGCAUGCCCGCCAUCGCCAACCUCAUCAGCAUAUUCUCCAUCACCUUCACUUUCAACAUUAUCAUCAUCGUCAUCCUCGCUUCUUUUCCCGACCACUGCAUGCCAGUUCAUCUGUGAGCCAGAGUGGAGUGAAGCCCUGUACCCUCUGCUCACCACGCUGUCUGAAUGUGUGACUAUGAUGAGCGACAAGGCCAGGAAAUCCAUGGUGUUCCUGCUGAUGCAGGAUAGGGCGCCCACCAUCGGCAUGGACCUGAGUCUGCAGUACCGCCGUGACGUGGUCUUCUGCCAGACGUUGACUGCUCUGAUCUGUGGUUUCAUCAUCAAACUGAGGAACUGUCUCCAUGACGAUGGGUUCUUGAGACAACUUUACACCAUUGGGCUUCUUGCACAGUUCGAAAGCCUCCUCAGUACCUAUGGGGAGGAGCUGGCCAUGCUGGAGGACAUGAGCGUGGGAGUCAUGGACCUGAGGAAUGUCACUUUCAAGGUCACGCAGGCCACAUCCAGUUGUUCUCCAGACAUGUUGCCCGUCAUCACCGGGAACAGGGAUGGCUUCAACGUCCGCAUCCCAUUGCCUGGGACUAUGUUUGAUGCGUUGCCGCGGGAAAUUCAGAAUGGCAUGCUUCUUCGAGUCCAGCCUGUGCUUUUCAACGUGGGCAUCAAUGAGCAGCAGACGCUUGCUGAAAAGUUUGGAGACACGUCGUUGCAAGAAGUUGUUAACAUGGAGAGUUUGGCUCGACUGAACUCCUACUAUGAGCAGUUUAAGGAAGUCUUGCCUGAAGAUUGUCUACCUCGAUCCCGCAGCCAGACCUGUUUGCCUGAACUGCUGAGGUUUCUGAGCCAAAAUGUCCAUGCCAGGAAGAACAAAAAUGUGGACAUCCUGUGGCAGGCAGCAGAGAUCUGCCGGCGCCUGAACGGCGUGCGCUUCACAAGCUGUAAGAGCGCCAAGGACCGCACAGCCAUGUCGGUGACACUGGAGCAGUGCCUCAUCUUGCAGCACGAGCACGGCAUGGCCCCACAGGUUUUCACGCAGGCCCUGGACUGCAUGCGCAGCGAGGGUUGUCGACGGGAGAACACCAUGAAGAAUGUGGGAUGUCGCAAGUAUGCCUUUAACUCUCUGCAGCUGAAGGCCUUCCCCAAACAUUACAGACCUCCAGAAGGGACAUAUGGCAAAGUUGAGACUUAAUAAAACAGCAAUUGAAAUGACAAGAUAGAAAAUGAAAAAUAUAGGUCAAUACUUGUGUACUUGUGAUAUAUGUUAUAGAGAAAUAGAUACUGAAUACAUGCCUAUUUAAACAACUACACAUUCAAAAAAUAAAACAAGCUAUUGCUUCAUCCAGUCUGGAGUCACCUGAAUAAGUAGAGCAUGUUUAUCUCACACAUAAGAACUCAGUAGACUAUUUCAUUAAACUCUAAGAGCAAUGAAGGCAGUGCAGUCAAGUGCUUACCUUAGAUGGAGCUCAAAAAGAGCAUGUGGAGGAGAAAAAAGGCUUUCUACUGAAGCCAUGGUGUGUAAUGAGUAUGGUCUGCUGGAAUGCUGUAUAGUCAUUACAGACACAGAACAUUUUCACAGAGAGGUCAUGUUUGGGCUUGACACCACAUGGAGCUUGUCCACCACGUCCAUCUUGGUUGUGUCCAUUUGAGUCUUGCGUAGCAUCUUUCCCAAAGGAUUGUGGGUUGUCCUGGGGAAUCAAUUUGUUUCAUUUUCUCAAUUUGUAUCAUAGAUAAAAUCCACCAAAUGGCCAUUUUUUCACCAAGUAUGUAAAUACAUCAGGAAAAAAGCUUUGAAGACUACAUGAGCAAGACAGUUUGACACUUUGUAAGCGCACUGACAUCUAGAUGAUGUUAUCACUGUAGACAGUCAUGGCUGUACCACUUACACAGAAUCUCACAUCUAUCACAAGUACUUGUGUACAUAUGAUAAGUGAUACUUUGAUUAUUAAGGUCAAUCUAAUUUGUCUGAAAUGUCAGUGCCAUUGUUGGCCUUCUUCUGCGUGUUUCAGUAUCUAGCCUCAUAUGGAUUGCAUUCUGCAUUUUGGAUUUGUGAAGCUGUGAAUGUGCAAAGCCUUGUCAUUGCAUCUCAGGACUGUGUCUUGCUGAAAUUCUGGGCUUCUCCAGGAAAGUCUUACAUUUCAGUAACUAACUGGCUUUACCAAAACACACACACACACACACACACACACACACACACACACAAAUGUAAUGACCAAAUUGUAUCCUAAAAAUACUACUCACCUGAGCUAUAGAGCCACUGGGCUGGAUGGGUAUUUCUAUAAGUAGGCUGCCUUUACUACUCUUACUACUCUCUUAAACCUCAGAUUUCCUGUAAUAAUGAUAGUAGCUUGACAGUCCACUAAAAAGUCAAGCUAGGUCCAACUUUCAGAUGUCCUCUGCCUCAGGCAACAUAAUGCACAGCUGUAAGUCCAAGAGCAACCAGUCUGAGCUCUCAGCACUGUGUUUACUUGUCUGACUGAUUUAGAUAGACUUGUUUUCAACUUUAUUAAUUUAUUCAUUGAGCCGUGAAGCUUUUCCACUUCACCGAUGCUAGUUAUCAUGUAUUGUGCCUUGUGCUCUACAUUUACAUCAGAAAUAUAGAUUGCUCACUAUGCAGUGGGCUGUGCUUAGAUCCUUAAGGUUUUCUUCUCUUUUAGGGAGUAUCUGGGGAAGAGGGAGGUUUUAAAAUGCCAGUCUGUAACCUAGGCUGUCAAAUGAUCCAUAUCCUGAGAAAACCACUGAGAGAAAAACAAAAUAUGCCAAAAAAAAUUGUGGUUUUGUGACUCAGGAGUUUGUCUCAGAGAUUAUGGUGCUUGCUUUGUUUGUGGAAUAGUGGCUGAAGCAUCUUGUGCAUUUACUGCCUACUCAAGUAGGUUUUAAAAGUUAUCUUAAAUUCUUAACUGUGGGAUGUGAGGCCAUUCUUAGUUGGCCAUAACCACACACCCAUGCCGUAAACUUUGUGUGAUCAUGAAUAACUCCCUCAAAAAGAUGCCACCAUGCUGUAUUUUUUUUUUUUUUUUAAACUUAUGUGUUUAGUGAAGGCAAAUGUUGGCGAAGGUUAGCAGAUGUGCAUAGCUUUUAUUUCAAGGCUGUAAAUGCCACUUUAUUACUGGCUUGGGCAGUUUUUAAAGGCUUUCCUAUUUUUGCCAAAAACUCAGUCUUGUCAUAAACCAAAAACUAGCAUUUUAUGAGCAAAUGAAAGUUUACUGGGGGGGAAAAUGUAAUUCUUAUAUUGACAACAUGGCAUGAAAAAAUUGUCUUGCAAUAUUUUGUAUCAUACAUUGUAGAUUAAAAACUACUGUGCUAUAGAAGUGUGUUUUAGAAGUAACUAUUAAUGUGUCACAUUAAAUGACAGCGUACACAAAAUGCACGGACAAUGUUUCCAAAUGACAAGGCUAUGCUUCAUGGCUUGCAAAUGACAAAAAUGCACACUUUCAUCAAAGGAGACAAUUUAUUCCCACCAUCAAUUAAUGAAUUGCUUAAAUAUUAUGUCAUUAACUACAUUUCUCAAACAAUCAGUUAUUAAAUAUGACCUCCAUUACUUACCUCCUGAGCAGAA